AUGAACCCCAGUGCCCCCAGCUACCCCAUGGCCUCACUCUAUGUGGGGGACCUACGCCCCGAUGUGACCGAGGCGAUGCUCUAUGAGAAGUUCAGCCCGGCCGGGCCCAUCCUCUCCAUCCGCAUCUGCAGGGACAUGGUCACCCGCCGCUCUUUGGGCUACGCGUAUGUGAACUUCCAGCAGCCAGCAGACGCGGAGCGUGCUUUGGACACCAUGAAUUUUGAUGUUAUAAAGGGCAAGCCAGUACGCAUCAUGUGGUCUCAGCGAGAUCCAUCGCUUUCCAAAAGUGGAGUGGGCAACAUAUUCAUUAAAAAUUUGGACAAAUCUAUUGAUAACAAAGCACUGUAUGAUACAUUUUAUGCUUUUGGAAACAUCCUCUCAUGUAAAGUGGUUUGUGAUGAAAACGGUUCCAAGGGCUAUGGAUUUGUACAUUUUGAGACACAGGAAGCAGCUGAACGAGCUAUUGAAAAAGUGAAUGGUAUGUUUCUAAAUGAUCGUAAAGUAUUUGUUGCACGAUUUAAGUCUCGUAACGUACGAGAAGCAGAACUCGGAGCUAGGGCAAAAGAGUUCACCAAUGUUUACAUCAAGAAUUUUGGAGAAGACAUGGAUGAUGAGCUCCUUAAGAAUGUCUUUGGCAAGUUUGGACCUGCCUUAAGUGUGAAAGUAAUGACUGAUGAAAGUGGAAAAUCCAAAGGUUUUGGGUUUGUGAGCUUUGAGAGGCAUGAAGAUGCCCAGAAAGCUGUGGAUGAGAUGAAUGGAAAGGAACUCAAUGGAAAACAAAUCUAUGUUGGUCGAGCCCAGAAAAAAGUAGAACGGCAGACGGAACUCAACCGCAAAUUUGAACAGAUGAAGCAAGACAGGAUCACCAGAUACCAGGAUGCUAACUUAUAUGUGAAAAAUCUUGAUGAUGGUAUUAAUGAUGAACGUCUCCGCAAAGAGUUUUCUCCUUUUGGAACGAUUACCAGUGCAAAGGUUAUGAUGGAGGGUGGCCACAGCAAAGGGUUUGGUUUUGUAUGUUUUUCCUCCCCGGAAGAAGCCACUAAGGCAGUUAUAGAAUUGAAUGGUAGAAUUGUGGCCACCAAGCCAUUGUAUGUCGCUUUAGCUCAGCGCAAAGAAGAACGCCAAGCUCACCUCACUAAUCAGUACAUGCAGAGAAUGGCAAGUGUAAGAGCUGUAUCCAACCCCGUUAUCAACCCCUAUGAGCCAGAACCUCCUUCAGGUUAUUUCAUGGCAGCUAUACCACAUACUCAGAACCGUGCUGCAUACAAACCUCCUAGCCAAAUUGCUCAAUUAAGACCAAGUCCUCGCUGCACUGCUCAGGGUGCCAGACCUCAUCCAUUCCAAAAUAUGCUUGGUGCUAUCCGCCCAACUGCUCCUAGACCACCGUUUAGCACUAUGAAACCAACUUCUUCACAGGUUUCACGAGUUAUGUCAACACAGACCAUAGGCCCCCGCCCUGCAACUGCUGCUGUUGCAGCUGCUCCUGCUGUCCGCACCAUCCCCCAGUAUAAAUACGCAGCAAGAGUUCGCAAUCUACAACACCAUCUUAAUGCACAGCCACAAUUCACCAUGCAGCAGUCUGCUGUUGAUGUACAAGGUCAAGAACCUUUGACUGCUUCCAUGUUGGCAUCUGCCCUGCCUCAAGAGCAAAAGCAAAUGUUGGGUGAACGGCUGUUUCCUCUUAUACAAGCCAUACACCCUACUCUUGCUGGUAAAAUCACUGGCAUGUUGUUGGAGAUUGAUAAUUCAGAACUUCUUCAUAUGCUUGAGUCACUGGAGUCUCUUUGUUCUAAAGUUGAUGAAGCUGUAGCUGUACUACAAGCCCACCAAGAUAAAGAGGCUGCCAAGAAAGUUGUUAACAGUGUUACUGGUGUUCCUACUGUUUAA